CCUUGCUGGAAACUUGGAGAGGUCUCGGGACAGUGUUGGAGGGAUUCGACUCCAUUUUAGCGAAUCCGUCAGAGAUUCGACUCCUAGAGUCGAAUUAUCAGACUCGACAAAGACUAAUGCGAUGUCCGCUGGCUAUAAAGUCGGACUGUCACUCAACACAAAGGCACUCUGAACGUUUGUUUAGAUCGCCGUUAAAAGCGUCGUCUGAGCAUACAACUAAACUCCACCCAAUCAACUUGGUAAACGACAAUCACCUCAUCACCGUUCAGAACAAUAUCAGCACUGUACAAUGGUACAAGUAGCAAAGUGAGUCUCUUAUCUUCAUCUGCAUAUCAAUCACCAAGUCUCACGUGAGCCCAAAGGCCCGUGUAUACCACGGCGUACAAGCCUCAUGCUAGUGAGAAGAUGAAGGCAGCUCUCUGGACGGGCAAGAAAUCGAUCGAGCGGGGUGAGGUACCUAGGCCCAUGAUUACCGCACCUAAGGACGCAAUUGUGCACAUCGCCCACUGCACCAUAUGUGGCUCAGAUCUACAUAUGUAUGAUGGCAGUAUGAACAAGGUCAUGGAAAGGGGGUUGAUCAUGGGCCACGAGGCCAUCGGCAUCGUCGAGGAAGUUGGGCCUAAGGUCAGGAACUUGAAGGCAGGAGACCGUGUGAUCAUCUUGCCGGUCAUUGCUUGCGGAGAAUGUUUCUACUGCAGGCGCAAAGAAUUUUCUCUGUGCGACCGGACCAAUCCGUCUGAGGAAUUGGAGCAGAUGUACGGGCAUCGGUCAUCGGGCAUCUUUGGCUAUUCCAAGGCCACGGGAGGCUACCCUGGUGACCAGGCUGAGUACUGCCGCGUCCCUAAUGCGGAUCUGGUCUGUGUUAAGGCUCCGAAGGAUGUGGCAGCCAAGAAAUUGGUUGGUCUGGCGGACGUGACACCGACUGCAUGGCACGGGUGCGAGCUGGCGGAAGUGGGUGAAGGCGACGUCGUUGGCGUUUGGGGUUGUGGUGCGGUCGGCCUUUCGAUUCAACGUUGAGCGAAGUUCAGAGGCUAUGUCGAGACCUUAGAGCAAAAGGUGCGAUCGCUGGAGCAGGAACUCAGGCAGAUAAUAGGAAGCCCACGCCCAACGCGUUAGUGGC